AUGGGCCGGGACAAGGAGCACAUCCGCCGCCCCAUGAACGCCUUCAUGAUCUUCAGCAAGCGGCACCGGGCGCUGGUGCACCAGCGACACCCCAACCAGGACAACCGCACGGUCAGCAAGAUCCUGGGCGAGUGGUGGUACGCCCUGGGGCCGAGGGAGAAGCAGCAGUACCACGACCUGGCCUUCCAGUCCCGGUUCCGAUCCCGCAGGUCCGGCAAGCUGAAGGUUCCCGACUGGGCCGACACGGUCAAACUGGCCAAGCACAAGGAGCUGGCGCCGUACGACGAGAACUGGUUCUACACGCGCGCAGGUCCGGCCCGGCAAUGCAGCCGGUUCCGGAGCCGGUUCUGGAGCCGGUUCCGGCCCAGGGGCCGAAAAUUGACCCCCCAGGGGCAGCGUGACCUGGAUCGAAUCGCUGGGCAGGUCGCUGCUGCCAGCAAGAAGCACUGAGGGAAUAA